AUGGCAGCUGUAAGGAUGUCGAGGACGUCCGAAGCACCGCCAAUCGUCAGAGGCGGUCCGCAUCUGACGGUCAGCUGGAGACGUCCCGGCUCCAGCACGUGGCAGCCAUUCGAUGCCAAAGUUGGCCGCGCCAUUCUCGCGGCAGGCGCGUCGGGAGAGGCGACUUUUCAGCUGGAGGAGACUGUGCGGAGGUCGCCACGAAACAGUGCAAAGCACGGGAAUGCGGAGCGCGCGUGCGCUUCUCACAGAUCCUCGAAAGAAGCUGAAGACGAAGACCUUGUGGUGACGCUCAAGACCGCCUGGGACGGGUCUCCGGCGUCGAACGCUGAACGCGCCAUCCGCUGGGGCUUCUCUUCGACGUGCAUGUUCGACCGGCUGCCGAACGACGCGCGCGCGCUCGCGGCCAUGAUCACGGAGAGCGAGGCGGCGAAGAAGCGCCAGGUAAUGGAGAAAGAUGCACAUCGUCGCCGAUCCAAAUACUGGGGAGACGAAAGCGAAAAGAAGGCGGUUUUUCUGAAUCCUUUACAACCCAGUACUCCUUAG